GAAUCCGUACUAAUUUGUGAUAUGUACACAGUGUACGAAUUUUAGUUAGGUUAGUGAGAUAUUAAAAUGGGUAAACACGAAGUAGGAACGCCAAAAUAUAUUGCUAAUAAAAUUAAGGCAAAAGGCUUGCAAAAGUUAAGAUGGUAUUGUCAAAUGUGUCAAAAACAGUGCAGAGACGAAAAUGGAUUCAAGUGUCAUACAAUGUCGGAAUCUCAUCAUAGACAAUUACUGUUAUUUGCUGAUAAUGCUUCUCGUUAUAUGGAUCAGUUUUCAAAAGAGUUUUCUCAGGGUUAUUUAAAUUUAUUAAAAAGACAAUUUGGUACCAGAAGAGUGCCUGCUAACCGUGUUUAUCAAGAAUAUAUCUCAGACCGGGGACAUAUACAUAUGAAUGCUACAAUUUGGCUUACAUUAACUGCAUUUGUUAAAUGGCUUGGACGUACUGGACAGUGUGUUGUAGAUGAAACAGAGAAAGGCUGGUACGUAACGUAUAUUGACAGGGAUCCAGAAACACUUGCAGCGCAAGAAAGAAAAGCUAAAAAACAAAAAAUGGAUAAAGAUGAUGAAGAAAGAAUGAUGGAAUUUAUAGAAAAACAAGUAGAAAAAGGCCAACAAGAAAGUAACGAACAAUCUGAAAGUAUCAAAGAGCCACUUAAACGACUUGACAGUGAUGCACCUUUAGUCCUUAAUAUGAAAAUAAAUAAAAAACCAAAAUUACUUCCCAUUAUAAAACAAGAAAAAAUAGAUAAAGAUUCUAUCAGUAAUGAAUCGACUUCUAUGAUUUCUGAUGUAAAAUCUGAGGAACCAAACAAAGAAUAUACAGAUAAGGAAAAGAAUUCAGCAAAAAUAGAAAAAGAUGAAUCGAAACUUAACAACGAUAAUGAUAAUAUGGAAGGAUGGUUAAGAGAGGGUUUAAUGGUAAAAGUAAUAACCAAGACUCUUGGAGAUAAAUAUUAUAAGUCUAAAGGCAUUAUUCAAUCUGUUGAAAAUUCCAAUUUCAUUGGAAAAGUCAAAUUGCGAUCGCCUGAAGAAGUUGAGAAUCAUGUUAUAAAAAUAGAUCAAGAAUAUCUAGAGACUGUAAUACCUGCUAUAGGAAAAGAAGUUAUAAUUCUUUGGGGAAAAUAUAAAGCAAUGAAGGGUAUUGUGCAUAAGCUUCACAUAGAACAUUAUAGUAUAGAUGUAAAAUUGGAAAGUGAUAAUACUAUAGUAAAAAAAUUACCAUAUGAACAAAUUUGUAAAUAUGUAAGAUGAUUUUUUAAAUUACAGAGAUUUGUCAUUUAUUCAAUUUUUGUGAUAAAAUAUAUUAUUUAUUAAUAAUAUUUUGAUUAAUACAUAAAACGGAACAUAUUUCUCUUUUCGUUUUUACUUUGUAAAUUUUUGAUACUUAUGUAAUUGUAAAAUAUGUUUAAAUAUUCUAUUUGUAUAAUAUAUUAUAUAUUAAUAUACAUUUAAAACUUAUAUUUAUAUUUUUUUGUGUCAAGUUCAUACAAAAAUAUAUAAAUAAUAAUAAAUAGAAAACAUCUUAAACUUGAUUAUAAUUAUUUUUUAGCAGAAACAUAUAAAUUUGAUCGAUCAAAUAAUCAAAUAGUCGUAGUUGCACGUAAUCUAUAACCUCGUUUCUAAUAAUACGCCUCCUAAUCAGCCUGGAUUAAAUUCAAUUUAUUUUGCACUUUGAUAAUAUAUAUUCAUAUGUUAUAUACAUAUCACACAAAUAAUUUUUAUUUAUAUAACAAUAAUAAAUUAUCGAAUAAUUAAAUCAGUCAAAAAUAAUAA